AUGGGAGUAGUAGACUUACUCACUUCUACGCGGUGCGAGGACCUGUCGUCGCCGGUGGUGCCACAACUGUCGUACCUCUUCGAGUAUGUAUUGAGUCCGGUAUACAAAUAUGCGGCAUCGCUUUACCCAACAACAUGGACCCCAAACAAAGUGACGCUAACCGGUAUUUUUGCAACAGUCGUUUCAUCAUUGUUACUGCUUACAGCUAUGCCACUGAACACAUUUUUUGAACCCCCGUUCGCGACGUUUGUUCCCGGCUCGUAUUUUCUGAUCAAAAGCCCUAAGUGGAUGGAUGCCCCGGGUCCUUCACCGCUUUACCCAUCAAUGCUGCAGCCAUACUUUAACUCUGUGUUUACACCCACAUCCAUGCUGCUACUCUGUGGGUUUCUCAACCUUAUUUACUGUGUUGCUGAUAAUACUGACGGCUGCCUUGCUCGUCGCUUGAAGAAAACCAGCAACAUUGGUGAAUAUCUAGACCACGGGUUAGAUUGUGUUACUUCGUUGAUGUCGACCUGCGUUUCAAUGUCUGUACUUGGAUUCUCGUUCUCCAAUGUUGCAGUCACGACUGCCCUUGUGGCCCUGCCCACGAUUCUUUCGCACACGCUCCACUAUGAGAAAAAUAUCUUCAUAUGGGGCAAUCGGUUUGUGUCUGUUGACGAGGCAAUGUUGUUUUUCUUUCUUACGAGUUGGAUAUCACUUAUGUUCCCUAAUGUUGGAAAAGCAACAUUCUCACCUGCCCUCCUGAAUGCGGUACUCCCUGAGUCGUGGGCACGGCAACUGAUUCCUCUACGGUGUAUCGACGCAGGGCUUGUCGUAUGUUGGAUCUCGCAGUGCUUUGUCCUCGUGAAUAUUGGUGCGAAAAGCAAAAGCAUGUUUCUUCGUCUUCCAACGAUCAUGUUGGUUCUCAACUUGGCUCUGCUACUUGCCAUCAUACCGUGCCACGCUGUCCACAUAGAAAAGGGUGGGUAUGGGACCUAUACCUUGGGGCCCUUCUCGUACGUUGCUUUGUGGAUCAUUACCAUGGCAUGCACGUGUAGUUCCAUUGUUCACAUUCCCAUUUACGCACAUUGCGCAAAACUGCCGCAAACCGAUCCGCUGCCACUUGCAGGUGUUAUUUUGGUCUGUCUGAUAUUCGUUAGCUGCCCGCCAACUGCAGCGGUGCUAGCUGUUGUAUGCCACGUUGGGCAAAUAUGGUGGAAUGUGCGAAAUCUUGAGGGCUCCGUAAGGAAAGUGGAGUGA